AAUAAGAAUGAGCGAAAUUAAUCUUAUUUAUGAAGAAGAACAUUGUAGAUACACAGAAAACACAUUUCUCAGGAGUAUUUCUAAUAUUUUGGAAGAGUUAAUUUAAGAAACUGAUAUUUUUUAAAUAAAAAAAUCUUUAUUCCAUUCCGAGAAAUUACCUAACAUCUCUUUAGAAAACUAUUUGAUUAGAAUUGUUAGAUAUACGAAGUGCUCCAAAGAAUGUCUUUUAAUUGCUUUAAUAUAUCUAUAUAGAAUUUAAGAACUAAAUUAAGAAUAAUUAUUAAACAAAUAAAGUGUGCAUAGGUAUUUAAAAAUUAAGAAACUAGAUUUUUAAUUAUUGCUAUUGUUUUAGCAAUAAAAUAUUAAGAUGAUGAUAUUUAUGGAAAUGAUUAUUACGCUAAAGUUGGAGGAAUCACAAUGUAAGAAUUGAAUGACAUGGAAAAAGAAUUCUUAGAUCGAAUAGAAUUUUAAUUAUUUAUAGAUUAAGAUCACUACUACUUUUAUUAAUAAAAAAUAAAUUAAUUUUCUAGGUUAUGA